AUGUCUGCCGAUAUUGAGAUGCCCGCAUCGCGACCCAACGGCGUGGUCGACACCGAUCGUGACCACGACCACGUACCUUCGACCCCACCUGCAGAAGCAGCCAACCGCCAUGCAUCAUCACAGCAGUCCAUUCCCUCUACCGAAGGUCCGGCCUCGCCUCUCGACCCCUCUGCUUCCUUCAAGUCUGACCUCAACGACGACCGCAACUCGCCUCGCAUCAUUCCUUCGUCCUUGACCCCGCCUCCGUCAUCCCAGGUGCCCAAGCCCAACGCUGCCUCCGGGAUGCCUCCAGGCUACAUCACCAGCCAGCGAGCCAACAUGUUCUCUCCGCCCACCACCACGCUCCGACGUCAUGGCCGUGACAAUACCAACGCCGACGAAUAUCUCGCACCUACUUCAGACCAGCUUGCUGAUGCCUCGGCCGACCAGCUUCGCACAAUGGUUGCGUCCUGCGUCGCAGAAAAUGCCAGGCUCAAGACGGAAACUGCCCAUCAUAGGUUACAGUAUAGGAUGAUGAGCAUCCAGGCCACAGAAGAAGCGAACAGGGCUGCCGUCGAACUCGCCAUGGCUGACCGAUCGGUCGACUUUUACCGAGAGAGCCUGUUUGCCCUUCAGGCUCGUCGUGAACUCAACUCUCCUGUAGACACCAUUCAGAUCAAGUAUCGCGAACUUCAGAACGUGCACGAGGCCGCCCGGAAGAAGAUCGAGACGCUAGAGCGGCGACUGAAGGCAUCAACCAAAGUUAUCCGACAACGGGCAGAAGAGAUUGACAGCUUGGUCGAUGACCGCGACAUGCUUCUAACCCGAAUCCGCGAAAACCGGGAGCAUUUCCACAUGCUUUGCAGCCCCGGUUUUGCGUUCCACGGUGUCUUGACGCCCAAGACCCCAACCACAGCCUCACCUCAGCAGUACCGAGGUACGCCUCGGCAGACACCAAAACCCCUGGGUCGGGGUGCUUACCAUGGGCCUGAUCCCACCAACAUUGGCCUCUUGCUGGAAGCUAUGAAUCAGAAUGAGAACAACAGCGCACCCUCAACCCCACUGACGAGUAGCCGUCCUGCGCCUCGCAUGCCUCCCAGACACACCCGCGGCGUCCAAUCCAUGUCCUCCCUUCCCACCACGCCGAGUUCACGCCCCUCUGGUAUUCACACCGGUCUGCUGCCAUCGGUUGAUCUUGUGCCUCGCACGGAGCCACCACGCUUUGUAGGCAGUGGUCGAUAUGGUCCCGAGACACCGAUGCAGAAGCGAAAUCACAAGAGCCGAGAAAGCACCAUCUCGGCCGAUGACAAUGAGGAACUUGCCCGCGCUGCUGUCGCAGCGGCCACAACUUCGAUCAUAUCUCAGAGUUCACAUGCGUCGCAGCGUCGCGAAGCAGGUGAGGAGGAGGUGUAUGAGAGCCAAGCUAGUCAGGCCGCAUCUGAGUUGCUACGCCGUGAUCCCCGCGAGAGCUUCGAAGUGGCGAGCUCUGUGGGGUCUCGAGACGGCACGCCAGCUCCAGCCGAGAAGACUGCGAAACUUCAGUCCAAGCUAUUCGCGGGCUUGAACAAGGCGGGUCUGGCUUCGGAGAAGCGAAAGUUCAGCGGAGGACUACAGGAAGCAGAGGAGGUGCAAAGAGGACGCUUCACCAGCCCAACGAAGAAAAUGAAGUUUGGAGCGGACGGAGAAGCAACCAACCACCGGGUCGGCCUCGGGAUUCGAUAUGGCCAUGGCCAGGGACGUUGA